AUGGUGGACAAUUGGAACUACGAAGUAGAAUCCCCAGAGGGGUUUGCCGAUGCUUCAAGGGAAAAAAGGAGUAAUUCAGACGAUGAGCUGGAGGUACAUGAUGCGUCAACGUCCCGGCCAUGGUCUCGCGCUUCCACGCCUCCGCCGUCAUAUACCAACCCGAUCCUAGAGAAUCAGUUCCGAUGUGGAGAGUUAUUUACUUUCGAGGCCGAGACUCGUUCCCUUGUCCGAGAGGAGAUACGGCAACAACCGCAGAAGCAGCAAACAGCCUUUUUCGUAACCUUUUUUGGCUGUUUCUGCUGGUUGGUUUUCGAGAUUACUGCCAUUGCGCUAUCAACAGAAGCGGCCAAAGACCUUGAUCACUAUGAUCUAGAGUCUGAUGUCAAGACUGUGAUCAAUGUGGUAACACUCCUGUCUGUAAUAGAUUUCGUCCUGGUUGUACUGUCGCCGAUUCUUUACCGUUACAUACAACUAUUAGGAUUCAUUGCAUUGCCUGCCCUUACCUGCUUGGAAGGACUCGCACUAGGAUCAUUUACUAUUUUCGUUGCCGUUGCCAACUUGCAAAAUGGCUCGUGUGACAAGUACACUAGAGACGGAACCGAGUGUUGGAGCGGACUCAGGCUAGCCACGGCAAGCGGCGCUUUCAAAGUAUUACUUUUGUAA